CUCGCCCAGCACCGGCGCGUCCACACGGGCGAGCGGCCGUACCGGUGCGAGGACUGCGGGAAGAGCUUCAGCCAGAGCACCCACCUGGUGCAGCACCGGCGCAGCCACACCGGCGAGAGGCCGUACGUCUGUGCCAAGUGCGGGAGGAACUUCUACCAGAACUCGGGCCUGCUCCGCCACGCCAGCUUUCACACGGGUGAGAAACCCUACAGGUGCCCCCAGUGCGGGAAGCGCUUCAGCGACAGCUCCAACCUCGUUGCCCACCGGCGGCUCCACACGGGCGAGAAGCCCUACAAGUGUGCCGACUGCAACAAGUGCUUCAGCGAGAGCUCGAAGCUGGUCAUCCACCGGCGCGUCCACACCGGUGAGAAGCCGUACCUGUGCCCUGACUGCGGAAAGAGUUUCAGCCAGCGCUCGCACCUCGUCCAGCACCGUCGCACCCACACUGGGGAGAAGCCCUACAAGUGUGCCGAGUGCGGGACCUGCUUCAGUGACAGCUCUACCCUCAUCCGUCACCGUCGUACCCACACUGGGGAGAAACCUUUCAAGUGCUCCCACUGUGGGAAGAGCUUCAGUCGCAACUCCUACUUAGUCUCCCACCAGCGGGUGCACGUGUGGUAG